AUGAAUUCAAAAAUAGCAUUCCUCAUCAUUGGCGUUUUGGCCAUGGUUCUUCUUAUUUCCUCACAGGUGUCUGCUAAUACCAAAGAAGAGGUUGUUGGAAAGUCAAAUGAACUAAAUGAUGCCAAAUAUGGUUAUGGUCGUGGUGGUUACAAUGGCGGAGGCGGUUACAAUGGCGGAGGCGGUGGUUACAAUAAUGGAGGUGGGUACCGUAACGGUGGAGGAGGUUACAAUGGUGGAGGUGGUUACAAUGGUGGAGGUGGUUACCGUAAUGGUGGAGGAGGGUACAAUGGUGGUGGCGGCUACCGUAAUGGGGGAGGAGGUUACAAUGGAGGUGGUGGUUACAAUGGUGGAGAUUCUGAUAAUCUUAACUGA